UUUCAGGUGUUUGCGCAGUGCCGGACGGAGAAAGCCGACGGGCCGGGGAAAAAAAUGGCGCUGCGUUUGGACGCCACAUUUUUAAUACGAAAAAUGAAGGAUUUAAGGAAUUUAACGUUCAGAAGACAUCGAUUCAAAGAGAAAUGGGCUGCUUCGCACCCGAAACACCCUGCGACCAGUUUAGCUCAGCAGCAGUUUGACAUCACCUACAACACUCAACUGGGGCAGCUCUGGCCAUCGGUUCGAGUCGCCCUGCUCUCGGAGAAAAAAUAUGGAGCUCUGCUAAAUAAUUUCUGCAGUGAUGCUUUGGUGGAAGAUCUCCUUUCUCUAGGAUGUAGAGAUUUCCUCACAGAUAUAAACACAAAAGGUGUGGAGUGUGACUCAGAAGGUGGCGCAUCCCUUCCACACCUCAGUCCUAACAUCAAGUGCGUUGUCUUUCCGAGAGGGGAUAUAACAAGAUUCAAGCAAGCCAGACCAGAUGCAUCGGGGCUUUUAAGCCACUACCUGAUGGAUGCUGCGUCAGUGUUGCCCUGCCUUGCUCUAGACGUUCUCGAGGGCCACAAUGUGCUGGACCUCUGUGCGGCCCCAGGAGGAAAGACCCUGGCUUUGUUGCAGACUCAAGCCAUUGGUUUUUUGUGUUUAAACGACGCCUCUGUGUCUCGGACAUCAAGACUGAGAAAGGUGCUCCACAGCUUCAUCCCUAAAGCGCUUUUGAACCCUGAGAAGCUGCGCGUCACUUCCCUUGAUGGCACCAAGUGGGGGGAAAUAGAACACAACACUUUUGACAGAGUCCUCGUGGAUGUUCCCUGUACCAUGGACCGACAUUCACUCAUGGAGGAUGACAACAAUAUAUUCAACAAGAGCAGAACCGUCGAGAGACGACGUCUGCCUCAACUGCAGCUGGACCUACUAAUGGCGGGAGUGGCGGCGGCGUGUCCGGGAGGCGAGAUCGUUUACUCCACCUGUACGCUUUCUCACAUCCAGAAUGUUGGCGUUGUUCAGCAAGCCAUCCACUUGGCUCAGGAGAACCAUGGCAUUCAGCUUCAGGUAGUGGACCUGCGACCGCUCACACACAUGUUCAGGAACACCUUUGACUUCGCUCCCGGCCUCCAUGUGGGUGAGAUGGUCAUCCCACAUUUAACAGCUAACUUUGGACCCAUUUAUAUGUGCAAGUUGAGGAGGCUGACAUAGACUGUGGACAGUGGGAAGACGCCGCUGAGGUUUUUACUUUUUGCUUGUUUGCUAAGAUCAGUUAAAAGUGAAUGCAUGGCCACACAUCCAAUAAAAGUCGUCAAUACUUUGUAAUAUGAAAUGUUCAAACAGUAUAAGUAGACUUAACGCACACUGAGGAGUAGGGAUGUACACCAUGUACUGUUUUGUUUUUCGAUACUGGUUCCGAAUUGGGCCAGUCCAGGAAGACUGUUUAGAUUCUGGACAAAUAAUACUGCUAUUGGUACUUUUUUUUUUUUUUUUUAUCGAGCUGACCGUAGUAAUUAUGACACGCUGUCACAUUCAGUUCAAGUGCUGCUAAUAAGCACUGGUAGAUGAUAAUCAGCUUGGAGUAAUCACAAAUAAGGAGGCAACACCAUACAAAAGUUUGCAAUGCAACAAAUAAGAGUUAGUGUCAAAUUGACUCACGACCGCCACUACUGCGCUUCAUCAAUCCGACCGACGGUUAAGCCACAGGUGUCAAACUCAAGGCUCAGGGGCCAUAUCUGGCCCGCGACAUCAUUUUAUCUGGCCCGCAAACACCUGGAAAUGAUAUGUGCCAAUAAAGUACUUAAUAUUUUCUCACUAAAUGUAAUGGAUUUGUUUCAUUUUGGCAGAAAAAAUAUAUGUACUGCUUGAAAUUGCGUGCAUUUUAAACUUCAAUAGUAUCCAUUAUUGCAACAAAUGUUACAGUAUAUUAUCAUACGUUCCAAACAUUUUUUGUCUUAAUAAAAAUACAUACUUUUAAAUCUGCUUGACUUGUGAUUUUACAGCAAAUUACCCAUCAAAAUAAUAAAAAUGACAAUAUAUUUUACUGUGUUCUUUAAGUUAAAGUACCAAUGAUUGUCACACACACACUAGGUGUGGUGAAAUUUUUCUCUGCAUUUGACCCAUCACCCUUGAUCACCCACUGGGAGGUGAGGGGAGCAGUGAGCAACAGCGGUGGCCGCGCCCGGGAAUCAUUUUUGGUGAUUUAACCCCCAAUUCCAAACCUUGAUGCUGAGUGCCAAGCAGGGAGGUAAUGGCUCCCAUUUUUAUAGUCUUUGGUAUGGCUCGGCCGGGGUUUGAACUCACAACCUACCGAUCUCAGGGCGGACACUCUCACCACUAGGCCACUACAGCAUGUUACUGUAAAUUGAAAAAAACGACCAGUUUUGUUUUUCGAUACUGGUUCCGAAUUGGGCCAGUCCAGGAAGACUGUUUAGAUUCUGGACAAAUAAUACUGCUAUUGGUACUUUUUUUUUUUUUUUUAUCGAGCUGACCGUAGUGGCCGCGCCCGGGAAUCAUUUUUGGUGAUUUAACCCCCAAUUCCAAACCUUGAUGCUGAGUGCCAAGCAGGGAGGUAAUGGCUCCCAUUUUUAUAGUCUUUGGUAUGGCUCGGCCGGGGUUUGAACUCACAACCUACCGAUCUCAGGGCGGACACUCUCACCACUAGGCCACUACAGCAUGUUACUGUAAAUUGAAAAAAACGACCAGUUUUUUUGCGUUAAAAUUCUGUUGACUGAGAUGCCAUAUUUUUUACUGUAAAAUCUUGUUUUUAACGGGUGUAUUACUGUAAAUGGAAAAACGAUACAAAAUAACUUGUACUUUUUGUCCUGUUAUGAUCCGCUGCCCGGAUCAUAUUUCUGUUUGGGUUUUCGGGUCACAUGUGUUUUCUGUUAGUCUUGGACUCAUUUUGUUCCUGUCUGUGCACCUUUUGAGUUAGUUGGUUACCAUAGUUACAUAUUAAUUCCACCUGCCGCUUGUGUUUCUGACGCGCACCUGUUUGUCGUCACUGACAUUAUUAUUUAAGCCUGCCUUCCCAGUCAGUCUGUCUUACUUCCUAGUUUGUUUCCAUACAACAGAUGACGACUUUUGUUUCCUGCGCUAAACCUUCUAGCUCCCACGCUAAAGACUCUGUUUACCUUCUAGCUCCCACGCUAGCUCCUUUUGUUUCUGCCUUAAGUGCUAUGAGCACGUUUUUGUUUGUUCCAGUAUAAUUUAUUUCUUAAAUAAAUCAUUUCUUUCCUGCA